AUGCCACGCGUCUCUGAUAAGGAAAUAGCUGCAUAUCUAGAAGAAUUAGAGGGAUCUGAAGAUGGUUUGGAUGAUUCGAGCUCCGAAUGCGAAGAUGAGGUGAGCUAUUAUGCGAAUGCUCGGGAAGUUAUUGCAGAUCUCGAGGAGCAGGAUGAUGAAACUGAACAAGUCGAUUCCGGGGAAAAUGACGCUGAACACGACGACCGUGAAGAUCGUGACCCACCCUUGGUAAACGAGGAACCUGAAGGCUUAGCAGUCUCCAUGAGUGACAAUGAUUUCAACAAAUUUUUAGGUGUACUCAUUUAUACUUCCGUAAUAAAAUAUCCAAGUACAAGGUUAUACUGGAGUAACAAAUAUGGUUACGAACCUAUAAAGAAAACGAUGCCCCAGAAAAGUCAAGAGCUAUCUAGAGACAACCCUAGCCGUGACAAAUUGUAUAAAAUCAGACCUGUUAUAGACACACUCAACGAUAGAUUCAGUCAAAUACCACUAGAUCAAAGCCUAUCAAUAGAUGAACAAAUGUGUGCGACGAAAAUGAGUCACUAUAUCAAACAGUAUUUGCCUAACAAACCUCACAAGUGGGGCUUCAAAUUGUAUCUCCUUUGCAGUUUACUUGGUUACGCCCAUAAGUUUGAAAUAUAUACUGGCAGCAAUGGGCAAAACAUUCCUGAUCAUAAUGAGCCGGACCUAGGCGAAGCUGGAAAUACCGUUGUUAGGCUAGCGCGGAUAGUGCCAAGGCGAGUAGGCCAUAUUAUCACCUUUGAUAAUUUUUAUACUUCUCUACCACUUGUCACAUAUCUUGCUAAAGAAGGUAUUUUCUCUCUUGGCACUGUUCGCAUAAAUCGAUUGCGCAACUGUAAACUUCCAGACAAAAAAGCACUUAUGAAAAGAAACAUACCCAGAGGUUUUUAUGAAGAAAAUGUAGCCAAUGUCGAUGGGAUCGAUGUAAGUGCAGUAGUUUGGAAAGACAACAAACCAGUCAAUCUACUGUCUACUUACGUUGGCGCUGAGCCUGCCACAACAGUGACACGGUUUGACAAAACAAAAAAAGAGCGAGUUCCUAUCUCCUGUCCAAAAGUAGUCCGUGAGUACAAUGCACAUAUGGGUGGUGUGGAUCUUUUAGAUUCAUUCAUUGGACGCUACCAUAUAACUAUGAAAAGUCGUAAAUGGACAAUGAGACUAUUUUACCAUUUGCUUGACCUAAGCGUAAUUAAUGCCUGGAUAAUGUACAAAAAAGUUCAAAUCCAAACAGAUUGUGACAUGGCUAAACUGAAUUUGUGCAACUUUAGAUUGGAUUUGGCAGAAUCACUGUGCAGGGUUGGUAUUCCUGCGAAUGGGCCUAAACGUGGUCGUCCUAGCUCCAAUCUUCCGGUGGAAUUGGAUCUGAAGAGAUACCGAAGUAACGCUCAAACAACGCCUGCAAAGGAUAUACGUCUCGAUCAAACUGCUCAUUGGGCAGUUUGGUUAGAGAAGCAGCAAAGAUCUACCAUCGUCGACGGUUAG